UUUGGCACUGAGGGUAAGGACCAUCUUCCAGCUCUAUGGCUGUUAUGUCUCCGAUCGGGUUUAGGUCAUGUGUUUUGUUUAUUUUUGUAAAUUUGUUCAGUAAUCGGUACGUAUCUUCUGUGCUGUAAUCCAAUCUGAUCCCAGAGCCCGGUGUCCAUACAUAUCUGUGUGUAGUAGUCGCCCCCCUGGUUGCUGCAAGUGUUAGAUCCCGGCCGGUGUGUAAGCUGCACAAUCCGCUCAACUACUCCAGGGAGGGAGAGAGCAAUACAGAUAUACCGGGGCUGUCAUACAAGGAGACAGACACCAACCGGCACCGGAAACACAGGGACACCCAAACCGGGCACCGGACAUAGCCGGCUAUACCUGGCUUUUAUUUACCUGUUUCUACCGGGACACUGGGAGAGAACACUGAUCCGGGCACAAGACACUGGGACAAGCACCACCUAAAAGCAGAUACUGGACAUACAGGGGUAUUCCUGGCAUUUAUAUACCUGUUUAUACCGGCACUGGAAGAUUACAGCCUGAUCCGGGCACAGGACAUUGGGACACGAUCAUGGGGAAGCAGAACAGCAAGCUCCGCCCCGAGAUGCUGCAGGACCUGCGCGAAAACACAGAAUUCUCGGAUCACGAGCUACAGGAGUGGUAUAAGGGCUUCCUGAAGGAUUGUCCAUCUGGCAUUCUCAAUGUGGAAGAGUUCAAGAAAAUCUAUGCCAACUUCUUCCCAUAUGGAGAUGCUUCAAAGUUUGCAGAGCAUGUGUUUCGCACAUUUGAUACCAAUGGUGAUGGAACCAUAGACUUUCGGGAGUUUAUCAUUGCCCUAAGUGUCACAUCAAGAGGAAAGCUGGAGCAGAAACUGAAGUGGGCAUUCAGCAUGUAUGACUUAGAUGGAAAUGGCUACAUCAGCCGGGAUGAAAUGCUGGAGAUUGUGCAGGCUAUCUAUAAAAUGGUUUCUUCAGUAAUGAAGAUGCCAGAGGACGAGUCUACACCAGAGAAACGCACAGAGAAAAUCUUCCGACAGAUGGACACAAAUAAUGAUGGUAAGCUCUCCCUGGAGGAGUUUAUUAAAGGUGCCAAGAGUGACCCAUCUAUUGUGCGACUACUGCAAUGUGAUCCCAGCACGGCCUCCCAGUUCUGAGCCCUACUACGCACUCUGAAAUUAUCCACUUCUUCCUGAGGUUGCAACAAGGAGAGAUUUCCCUCCUCUCUGCACAGCAGCCUGUCCCAGAAUCCUCUUGGGCAUUAGAUGGACAUGAAUGCACUGCCAACCAGUCAGCCCAGUACCCACCCCCUAUUUAAUUAUUACUCUAAAUCUUGCUAUUCUAUAUAUGAUACAAUGGGACAACUCGGGUGCAUGGAAUUCUUGGGCUCUAGGGGUGGGUGGGGGUAUUAAAGUGACUGAAAGGGACCAGUGACACAUUCCCGCAAGGGUUAGAGAUGCUGCCAACUAGGGAUACAGCUGUAUUCUUUGAGUCCUGGUUACAUGUUGCUCGACAGUCACCUUGAUGUGAUCUGCAGUAUGUUUGGUUGCACUAAUGCAGGGAAAAUCUAUGCACGUACUUUUUACUAUAUGUGAUAGGGGCAGACUUUUAGCUUACAAGUACCUUGUCUAGAUUUGCACUCUAUUGAUCCCAUUCAUCUUUCAUCUCAUUAGAGGGAGGAGCAUGGCAGUCAUUUCCCAGUAUGGGUGGAGGCUCUGUAAGGGAUAUUCUGAUCAUGUUUCAAUAGGUUUUAUUGCAGCAUCAGCUGCUAAACAUCAUAUUAGACCAUCUGCAUGGAAAGGUGGUGUCCCUAACCUUUCACUGCCAAUGUAUCCCUCACACUAAUAUACUGUAUAGUUUAUCUACUUAUUACAUGUAUAGACAGGGCAAUUUCCAUAUACAUGCAUCACCAAAAAGAAACCCACAGAUGUAUCUGAGAGUAUUAAAGUGCAUAAUUCUUUUCAUCUCAAAUAUAAAAAGGUAUAUAUAUAUAUAUA